AUGCAGAUCUUGAGGUAUUCCUUCCCGUAUGCCGCUGUGGUCUUUGAGCUCCUCCUCGUUGCCAGACAGGUCGGCCUUGGAUGCGCGGCCCGCGAAGACGCGUGGACGCUGACGGCAGAAGCCGGCGGGCCCGACGCGCCCGCCGAGGGGACGGCCGACGUGGACCCGGCCCUGAAGGACGCCUGCAACAUCAAGGAGGCCGUCAAGGGCUCGGAGGGCUCGGCGAGCGGGAACCCAGCGGAGCUGCUGCCGAAGCUGAAGCAGUGCACGGCCGCGCUGGAGACUUUCGCGGAGAAAGUCCAGGCUGGGCGCGACGCGAGCGCGGAAGCGAACAAGGCGUACAUGGAGCAGUUCAAGGCGGUCAUGGAGGAGCUGAAGCAGCUCAAGGACGUCGAGAGGCUGAAGACCGCGCUGAAGGCCGACCAGCAGGAGGCCCUGAAGGUGCUCAUCGGCGAGGCCGAUCAAGUGACCAACGAGAUCGACCUCCUCGUGAAGGGUAUCGAGGCCCCCGUGAGCACAGCGACCCCGAAGGGUUCCCUCAUAGUCGGCUACGCGAACACGUGCGACAGCAAGGUGAUCGUGGAGGCGGAGCUCGGCGUGAACGUGAUCAUAUGGUUCGCAGUGAACCUCGUUCGCGACGCUCAGACCGGUGAGCCUGCCAUCCGUUUCGGAGAAGACGUCCGGUGCUCGGAGGUUGCGAAGUCUUUGGCAGACGAGGGCAUGGUGACCACCCACCUGUUGUCUAUUGGGGGCUGGGACGCGCCACACCCGGAUACCACCUUCUCAGGCCAGCAGUGGUGGGAGGCUUGGGAUUCGUGGAACAAGAACGUUGUGGCGCAACCAGACCUUGGGUUUGCGGGUUUCGACGGUAUCGAUUGGGACUUAGAGGGGAACGACGACCCAGCUUCGCAGUGGAACCAUUUCACCCCAGAGUGUAUGGAGCUGGUUGGCACGAUGUCACAGGCUGCCAAGGCCGCAGGCUACCUCGUGACGCUGGUGCCGCCGCAGAGUUACCUGGAUGUAGAGAUCGGCGGGUUCGACCUGUCCCUGAGGCACUCGUACCCAGACUACCGGCCAGACUUCUACUACCACGGCCGCAACGUCUACGCGCUGUGGCUGGCGAAGUACGACGCGAGCCCCUCGGCCGCGGGCGACCGUACCUUCGACCUCGUGAGCGUGCAGCUCUACGAGAGCUGGAGCCGCGCGGGCGCUGCGCUGGCAAGCGGGGAGAGCCCAGAGUCGUACCUGGAGUUCGGGAGGGGAGCAAAAGGGGGCGGUCGUCAACUUCACCGAGGAGCCGGACGUGGACGCCCCGCCGACCGUGUGGCCGUGGAGCCCCGCCGGCUGGUGGUCGGCCUGUCCUUCGGCUCCCCGGACCUGCCCGGCAAGUCGCCGUACUUCGCGCCGGAGUCCGUGGGCGCCGCCUUCGCCGCGCUGCCGCCCGCGCUGCGGCCGCGGGGCGCCAUGUUCUGGAACCUGGCCAUCGACGGCGGGCCCGUCAACGGCACGAGCAAGAAGGUGUCGCUCGCCGUCGGGCUCAACAGCUUCCUCCACGCGCGGCCGCAGCAGGCGGCGCAGCAGGCGAAGCUGCUGCUGGUCUGAGCGGGCUCCCGGGCGUUCGGACGCCGCGGCCGGCCGAGAGUUUUCGGACGCCGCCGCGCGGGUGCGCGAGGUCCGAUGCACGAGAGGG